CUAAGAAUCUUGCUGGCAGUGUGAAGGCAACCCCCGCUGUGCACAGCCCCACCCGGCCUCACGUGGCCACCUCUCUUUUCCCUCAUGAAGGGCUGGCUCCCCAGUAUAUAUAAACCUCUCUGGAGCUCGGGCAUGAGCCAGCAAGGCCACCCAUCCGGACACCUCUCAGCACAGCAGAGCUUUCCAGAGGAAGCCUCACCCAGCAUCUGCACUGAGGUUCUUCUGUGCACGUUGCUGCAGCUUUGGGUCCGAGAUGCCAGCUGUCCAGCUGCUGCUUCUGGCCUGCCUGGUGUGGGAUGUGGGGGCCAGGACAGCUCAGCUCCGGAAGGCCAAUGACCGGAGUGGCCGAUGCCAGUAUACGUUCAUUGUGGCCAGUCCCAAUGAAUCCAGCUGCCCAGAGCAAAGCCAGGCCAUGUCAGUCAUCCAUAACCUACAGAAAGACAGCAGCACCCAGCGCUUAGACCUGGAGGCCACCAAAGCCCGGCUCAGCUCCCUGGAGAGCCUCCUCCACCACCAGUUGACCUUGGACCGGGCUGCCGGGCCCCAGGAGACCCAGGAGGGGCUGCAGAGGGAGCUGGGCACCCUGAGGCGGGAGCGGGACCAGCUGGAAACCCAAACCAGAGAGUUGGAGACUGCCUAUAGCAACCUCCUCCGAGACAAGUCAGUUCUGGAGGAAGAGAAGAAGAGACUGAGGCAAGAGAAUGAGAAUCUGGCCAGGAGGUUGGAAAGCAGCAGCCAGGAGGUAGCAAGGCUGAGAAGGGGCCAGUGUCCCCAGACCCGAGACACUGCUCGGGAUGUGCCACCAGGCUCCAGAGAAGUUUCUACAUGGAAUUUGGACACUUUGGCCUUCCAGGAACUGAAGUCCGAGCUAACUGAAGUUCCUGCUUCCCGAAUUUUGAAGGAGAGCCCAUCUGGCCAUCUCCGGAGUAGAGAGGGAGACAACGGAUGUGGAGAACUAGUUUGGGUAGGAGAGCCUGUCACGCUGAGAACAGCAGAAACAAUUACUGGCAAGUACGGUGUGUGGAUGCGAGACCCCAAGCCCACCUACCCCUACACCCAGGAGACCACAUGGAGAAUCGACACAGUUGGCACAGAUGUCCGCCAGGUUUUUGAGUAUGACCUCAUCAGCCAGUUUAUGCAGGGCUACCCUUCUAAGGUUCACAUACUGCCCAGGCCACUGGAAAGCACCGGUGCUGUGGUGUACUCGGGGAGCCUCUAUUUCCAGGGCGCUGAGUCCAGAACUGUCAUAAGAUAUGAGCUGAAUACCGAGACAGUGAAGGCUGAGAAGGAAAUCCCUGGAGCCGGCUACCACGGACAGUUCCCGUAUUCUUGGGGUGGCUACACAGACAUUGACUUGGCUGUGGAUGAAUCAGGCCUCUGGGUCAUUUACAGUACUGAUGAGGCCAAAGGUGCCAUUGUCCUCUCCAAACUGAACCCAGAGAAUCUGGAACUUGAACAAACCUGGGAGACGAACAUCCGUAAGCAGUCAGUCGCCAAUGCCUUCAUCAUCUGUGGCACCUUGUACACCGUUAGCAGCUACUCCUCAGCAGAUGCAACCGUCAACUUUGCUUAUGACACAGGCACAGGUAUCAGCAAGACCCUGACCAUCCCAUUCAAGAACCGCUACAAGUACAGCAGCAUGAUUGACUACAACCCCCUGGAGAAGAAACUCUUUGCCUGGGACAACUUGAACAUGGUCACUUAUGACAUCAAGCUCUCCAAGAUGUGAAAAGCCUUCAAGCUGUACCAGCAAUGGCAGAAGGAGAUGCUCAGGGCUCCUGAGGGGAGCAGGCUGAAGGGAGAGCCAGCCAGCCAGGGCCCAGGCAGCUCUGACUGCUUUCCAGGUUUUCAUUAAUCCACAAGGAUGAACAUGGUCACCAUCUGACUAUGCAGGAAUUGUAGUCUGAGGGCAUAGACAAUUUCAUAUGAGAAUAAAUAUCCUUUUCUUCUGUCAGCAUUUAUGGGAUGUUUAAUGACAUAGUUCAAGUUUUCUUGUGAUUUGGGGCAAAAGCUAUAAGGUAUAGUAGUUUCUUCCUGAAAACCAUUGCUCUUGCAUGUUACAUGGUUACCACAAGCCACAAUGAAAAGCAUAACUUCUAAAGGAAGCGGAAUAGCUCCUCUGGCCAGCAUCGAACAUAAGUAAGAUGCAUUUACUACAAUUGGCUUCUAAUGCUUCAGAUAGAAUACAGUUGGAUCUCACAUAACCCUUCGCAUUGUGAAAUAAAAUUUUCUUACCCAA